AUUCACCGCUCACUUCCAGUGUGUUUGCAUGUGGUGCAUGACUCACUGAACUAAACUGGGGUCAGUUUUCCUCCAAACAAAUGCACAUCAGAUGGCUGCCCCUGCAGACUCUGUUCUCAGAAACCUCAUUUGAUCUUUCUGUCCUUUGUUUUGACUUGCAACGAGUGAAACCGCCGCUCGAAAAUAGUCUAGACAGUUUGAUCUCACCAGAAUUUCUACUGAACCUUUUGCUCCCGUCUAUAGGGACCUUCCCAGCCCCCGGACCCCACUUUGGGAACCCCGGAACCAGACUCUAACCUCCAGUCUGAUGCCCGUCUUUCUCUCUCUUUCCUUUAAGUGGGUGGUCCGGUGAGCCUUUCGGGGCGGGGCCCUCUGUUUCAACCCUCCUACCCUAGUUCCCUCCUGAAACAUGCUUUAAUAGAGAAAGUAUGCAAUGCAUACUGCUCUGCUACAACCCCCAAUUAUAUUGCAACUGGGGUAUUCGGACGUCUGGGGGAUCACACACAUUUCCGAUUAGAGGAGGAGAGAGAGAAAGAGAGCGAGAGAGCGAGCGAGCGAGAGAGAGAGAGAGUUUACCCUUUCAGUCCAACCAAUGAGACGGUCGAUACACUAAGAUUUUCAUACUUGUGCAGGAGCACAAAGUGAGCUGAACUUCCAGGUGAAACUGCAAACCGUCUCAAGCCCUCGAGGCCGCUCCUCCAGGCUUUGAUGCCCACACUCUUUGAAGCAGGUGGACAGACGCAGGCAUGAGUAGCAGUGGGACCAAAGAGCCGUCUCCCCAGCCGAGCACUGCCCAGUCACCUCCUGAGCCUCAGCGCAGGAGCAGGGGGCGGCCAAGGAAACAGCAGCAGGAGCCUGUUGGACAACCGACUCCAAAGCGACCGAGAGGACGACCGAAAGGCAGCAGGAACAAAGGCCCCAGCACUGCACUGAAGAAAGUAGAGCCUAUUGGGGAGAAACGACCACGUGGGCGACCGAGGAAAUGGCCCCAGAAAGUAGUUCAAGAGGCAACUGAAGAGCAUCAGGGCCCUUCAGAAGAGGCUGAGGAGGGCCCCUCACAGCUUGAGCCCCCCACAUCUCAGGUUCCAGCGCAGGAGGAAGGGGAGUAGAUAGGAUGCCUCUCUACCUACCUCAAGGUUUGGCCUCAAACAAGCAGGGGGGGGCUGUCUCACUCCUAUCUGUGAUGGGGAUUCAGGAACACACACAAACACAAAAAAAAAUCAUAGCAGACAGUGGUUUCUUCUCCUGAUCUGACACUGUAUCCUGGUUUUGUUAAUUCACAACAAGAGUUUAGUGGUCAAACUCCAUUUUAAAAUUGAAGAAUUUCAUCUUUGGACUUUAUGAGGGAAUAGUUAAACAUUUUGAGAAAUAUGCCUAUUAACUUUCUGGCUAAGGGGUACAUGAGAAGAUUAACAACACUCGUGUCUGGGCCACACUGCCAUGAGCAGCGCUUCUCAGGCAUGGCUGAGCUGUGCAACAUCUAGAGAAACCUGGUCUUGCCUUUUUUUCCCCCCUCCAAAUAGGUGCUGUUUUGGGCAAAAAUAGACAGUGAAACCAGUGUUUUGAUAAUUAGAUUGACAUAAUACCCCCUUUUACUUUGCUAGUUUUAAUGUCUGUAUGUGUCACGAACAUGAUAAAAUAGGCCUACAAAUAUAUCUGUUUUACUCAGUCUCCCCUGUUACUGUUUCAAAAUAGAAGCCCUCUGGCAACAUUUGUCGUCAAUUACCUUUAAAUUGUUAAUACGAGGCUUUUUAUUAUGAAAUAUUUGCUGGACCAUGUUGAUGACAAUGCAGUCAUCUACAAUGCUGCACAGCUCCAUACAUCAGUGGAAUAUCUGCUUUUUAUUCAAAUACAUACAGUAGUAACAGCAGCAGCAGGCAGCUCUGCAGCAGUGCCACAGCAACAACACUGUCUGUGUAAACACCAUAAGUGUGCAUGCUGCAGCAGUUCAGCAAAGUUGCUGUUACGUGCUGCUCACACAUGCAGUGUGGCCCCAGCAUCAUGUCUGUGCGGUAAAUAUGAAGGUACAGUCAGCAGCCAGGUAGCUUCACUUAGCAUGAAGACUGGAAACAGAGAAACAGCUAGCCUGGAUCUGUCCAAAGGUAAAAAAAAAAAAAAAAAAAAAAAUCCACCUAUAGCUCAAUUAUAUCAUGUUUGAUCCAUACAUCAACCAAAGUGUUAAGGAGUUCUUUUUAGUUUAGUUUUAACUGAGUUCAUAUGCCUUUUGAGCUUUAAAGUUGCUUGUUGGUGGAUUUAUUUACCUUAGGAGUGUUUCUAGUCUUUAUGCUAAUGUAAGCUCAGUGCUCCUCGCAUCAAACUUCUCCUGUUACUUCACACAAAUGUCAAAAUGUGUAUUUCCCAAAAUGUUUAACUGUUGAUUAAAGGACGCUUGCUUUUCUAAACCUCUCAGGCUACAUCCACACUGAUAUGUUUUCAUUUUAAAAUGCAUAACUAUGGCUAACUUUAUACCUAACGUCCACACUUUUCCGGUGUGAUGGAAGCCCUAAAACACCUCUGAAAACGCUGCUGACCUGUUUGAGUUUGAAAACUCUAGGGUCGUGUUUCAGUCUGGAGAGGUGGAAACUGAGGCAUUUUUUAAGCAAUGAUACAAUCACCCAUGUUUGCUCCCUGACUGGGUCUUACCAGUCACAACGUGUCAAGCUGAAACAUGAAGCGAGAUACCUUUUAGUGAUUUCAUCCUUCUUGUGUUGGUACUCUCACUCCCUCUUUCCCAUGGCCAUGGUCUCUUCAAGCGAUGUACAAGGCUCCCAGUGCCGCUCUUAUACUAAUCCUUAUUUGCUUUGUCUCAGUGUCUGUUAUCUGCAGUCUUGACCGUCUUGUUCUCAUGAAUUACUUUUCGUAAAGGUUCCUCCUCAUCGUCGGUCCAUGCAAAGAAUUCUCUUGUCUUCCUUUUUGCCAUUUCUAUAGUAUUACCAGUAACUUGAAAAAACAAAACCCAGAGUAGACAAACUGUUUCCUGUUUACAUAGGCACAGACAUCCCUAGUGUAUGUGAAUGGUCACAUGUGUACAUUUUUAGGUGUGUAUGCCAAAAACACACCAGGCAACAGCGAAGUGUAGCAAUGAAGUGGUUAUGGAAAGCUGUAGCAGCUGCUUCUCUUUGUGGCCAUUUUAAUCUGCAGCAAAGUGCGGCCAAACAAAAAGUUGGGGAUAGCUUAACAUUUAGUGCCGAACUGUGGAUGGAGAAUACCUCCAGCCAAUGAGUAAACAGUGUCCUGUGAUUCCUGUGACACAUUCACUUAUGUUGCAAAGAAUUCUUUCCCGCUAAAACCACAUAAACGUGCCUCUUCACCACAGAAAAAGCUAAUUAUUGCUGUGAGCCUCACUUUGCUGGUGCUUAGUGUGCUUUCAGCAUUAGUAUGGACGGAGAUUAUUUCCCUGAAUGGUGCUUAAACACUUUUGUGUAUUAAGAUUUAUUUUUGUUUUAAAGCGCUGCUUUAAAAUGAAAACAUAUUAGUUUGGAUGUGGCCUCAGUGUGUGUGUUUUUGUGUGUGUGUUGAGAGGGGAUGGGCUUGCGGGUUAAAAUGAGCAGGGGGGUUAAAAAAAAAAAGGAACCAACCUGAACCGUUUUAUUGAGACAUGUUUCUAAAUCAAGUGUCAUGAAUCCUCAUAUGAAAUGGGAGCAAGGCGAUGACAUUUUGAGUGACGUUACGAUAUAAACAUGGUGCUCUGACAUGAACGGUUUUAUUCCAAAGUACAAUAUCCAGUUCAAACUAGAGAAAAUGUUUUAUUUUGUGUGCCUAGAAUUUAAAAAAAGAAAAUGCAUAGAAUUUUUUCGCUCAACGUUCAGUAUUUAGAUUUAAAAUCUCGAUGAUUUUUUUUUCUUCCAACCAGGGCCAAGAAAAAAAAACACCCAAAUGUUUAAAUGGAUAUCUCAUUUUUGGAAAGAAACCCUUCAUUUUUUCUUUAGUCAGCAACGGUGUUGACGUGUCAUUUAUCACACUCAGGAUUUUACUAUUACAGUGCUUUUACACCAUAUUGAAACCUCAGGUACAAAACUAUUCAGGAACAUGUUGUCAGUCUACUCCGUAAUAAUUAUUGUGCUGUGUUUGUUGUGCAUUUCUGAUCUGUAUUUGACAUUACCAGUAUGCCUUGACACAAAGACCUCAUUUAAACCUCAGUUGCCCUCAGUUUCUUAAUCUCUCAUUCUACCUCAGUAACACAAAAGAUCUCCAACAAAACAGCACUCCGCUCCCUCAGCAGCGACAUACGCACACACAGAUCCUUGUGCAGAUAUACAGCACAGACAGGCAAAGCAUUUUCAGGCCGUCAUACCAACACACAAUCAAAGAAAAGCAUCAUUGCUUUAAAAAAAAUAGUGUAUUUGAGUGAGACUUGGGUUAUUCUCCUGGGAAAUAAAAUGCAACCAACAGUUUACAAAAACUUGAUAAUAUACUUGCUUUUUAGGGUGUAGUUCCUUUUGAAGUACUUGUUCUUUGUUUUGGGUCUGUUACUCCUUUCUCAUUUUUACUACAUCAUGUAAUUUCUGAUUCUUACACUGUAUAUUGUAUGUGUGACGCUCUACAUGCUUGUGAUUUGAAAGGAAAUGGCAGCAAAUUUUCACACAGUGCUGAAAUACAUGACAGUUAUUGGAAACAACCUUUACCUUGUGUAAAAAAAAAUUGUUAAAUAGUGAAAAAAUUGCUUUAAUACUAAUCAAUUACCCUGUCUUUGUUUUACCACUAAAUGGAAAAAAAAGGACCCAAGUUGCUUCUUUUUCUAUUUGGCGGUUAAAAGUGAGACUAUAACUUUUAUUCAGCAGCCACCACUGUGACCACAAUGUGACAGUAAUGGAUGAAUAGUAAUUGCUAAAAUAUAAUGUAAAAAAAGCAUGAGUAAUAAUGAGUUAUAAAAUGAGCAGACUUACUCAGUAACAUUAUAUAUCAGUAAUAUCUACCCAGUAAUGCUCUUGCAGGAAAACCCCUGAUUGUCUGUAACUGAUGAGUGUUAUAUUGCUUAUUAUACCAAAGUCUGCGUCAGUAAUCAGUUAAUAUUGACUGUACAUCAAUACCUACUAGUUCAAGGGAAAAUGUCUGCUUACCGAAUCACUUACUUAAUUCAACUUUAAUUUGUGGUUAAUUUUUCAAAAGUUAGCCAGUCUUGCUCUAAAGGGUCAGUUCACCCAAGUUUAUAGAUCAGAUUUUCUCACCUACCUGUUGUAAUGUCCAGCAAUGCAGAUACUUUUGGUCUUAAGAUAUUUGUUAUUAAGACAAUCAAAGACAAUGGAAAUUCAGCGCAUUUUGUUUGCAUACGCACUAUUGUGCUCAUGGAGUCGACAGAAAACAACCUGCAUAAUUAGUUACCACUCGAGGUUAAGUGUGGAAAAACCCAGAAUUAAAGGUUAACACUUUGAAAUCUGGAUGGUUGUCAGUUUUUUUGAGCUGGGUUCAGAUGCCUAUUUGAGCCCUUAAAACCUGAGACGAUUGGAGUGAUUUCCUUUGAAAUUAUGAGGAAAAAAGAAUUGACCAACUUGGCAAGACAUGUUCUCCAAAUUGCAAGAUAAUAGAAAAAGGAGACAAGAAAAUUAUCCAAAUAUUAGUUUUUAAAAAGAGGGAAAAAUUAUCAGAAAAUCGUUUUAAAA